GGUCUACUAUAAAACAUAAGUACUUAAUUGCGAGACGUUUGCGUACGAAUCUCAGUUACCGUUUCGCUUUACCGGCGUACAUUAGAGAUCGUCAUGAUGAAUUUUAAUAUCAUUCUACUAUUCGCAAUAUGCGGUUUCACUCAAGCUAAAUUGAUAAAUCUGUCGUGUAAACAAAUCCGUGUGUUCGUUGAUGGUCACAAUGCUCGGAGAUUGCAGCUGGUAAAGGGUCAGGUGCCUGGACAGCCUCCUGCUUCUGAUAUGAAGCUAAUGAUGUGGGAUAACGAAUUGGAGGCAAAAGCGGCGAAAUGGGCGUCUAGAAAUAAUUUUGCGCACAAUCCGGAUAAAACAAUCGGUUCUCGUAGGUUCCAUACUGGUGAAAAUCUUUAUUGGUACGCGACAACAGACCUAACUCAUAAACUAGACGUAGAGAGCAGUCUUAAAUCUUGGUUUGAUGAACAUCGGAACUAUUCGUACGGGCCUUUGACUAUGCGCGAUUUUAACAGAUCGACAAAGAAACAGAUUGGACAUUACACUCAGAUGGCGUGGGCAAACACAAUUUAUGUUGGAUGUGCUAUAUCCCAAUACACGAAAAAUAAUUUUAAAGAAUUUCUUGUUGUUUGCAAUUACGGACCAGGUGGUAACUACAUUGGGCAGAAGCCGUACGAGUCAAGGCGGCGACGUGGCGGUACAAACGCACUCGCAUGUGGCGCUAAAAACUGCAGCCAACGAUACGGUGAUAGAUGUUGAAAAUUAAAAAAAAAA